GCAGGAAGCAAUUGUUUGACACCGGAAGUGAGUGAAACUGGUGCGUUCUGGGUCAGACUUCCGGUGUUCCAUAAUACCGCGGAGCAGCAUAUUUCAGCCGGUGGUGAGUGGGCGCUGAUGGGGGACGAAAAGGAGACCUGGAAAGUGAAAACCCUUGAUGAAAUUCUACUAGAGAAAAAACGCAGAAGAGAAUUAGAGGAGAGGACAGAGCCCCAGCGCCAGAAAAAUUUCACACCGUGUCCUGUUCCACAGGCGGAUGAUCGGGAAGCCAAACGAGACACUCCGGAGGAAGGAGAACUACGGGAUCAAAGGAUGGAAAUAACAAUUCGGAAUUCCCCGUACACCCGGGAAGACUCUACAGAAGACAGGGGAGAGGAAGAUGAAUCACUAGCAAUCAAGCCUCCUCAGCAAAUGGCGAGGAAAGACAAAUCUCACCACAGAAAGGAGGAGAAGAGAAAAGAUAAAAGGCGCCAUCGCAGUCACUCUGCAGAAGGAGCAGGGAAACAUGCACGGGCCAAAGAUAAAGAGAAAGAGCGAGAGAGUGACCGCAGGAAGCGACAGUGGGAAGAAGACAAAGCCCGGCGAGACUGGGAGAGGCAGAAGAGAAGGGAGCAGGCCAGAGCCCAUUCACGCCGAGAGAGGUGGCCUCUAGCUCCAGAGAGACACAGACAACCCAUAACCAUACAAGAUCGGCUGGAGCAGCUAGAGCGCCAGCGGGAACGGGACCGUAAAAUCCGUGAACAGCAACAGAAGGAACAGCGGGAGCUGAAGGAGCGGGAGAGGAGAGCUGAGGAGCGACGCAAAGAGCGAGACGUUCGACGAGAAGUGCCAUCCCACCAUCGAGCGCUACCAGACGAGUAUGACGACAAACCAAAACAAAGUCACCGCAGCCGCAGUCCAGCCCGGCUUCCACGGGACAGAUCAGACCACAGUGAACCACGAAAAACUGCAACAUCAAAGGAAGAGAAGCCUGAGGACAAGGACCUGCUUGCAGACCUCCAAGACAUCAGUGACAGUGAAAGGAAGACCAGUACAGCAGAGUCCUCUAUGGCCUCAGGAUCAGGCUCGGAAGGGGAGGAGGAGGAAGAGGAGUCCAGCAGCCAAAGUGAGGGAGAGGAAGAAGAAGAGGAGGAGGAGGAGUCCGGCUCAGGCUCGGGAAGGUCUGAGCAGAGCGCAGAGGAUGUAAGUGAAGAUGAGCAGUCGGAGGAAGAGUUUGAAGAAGAGAGGGAAAAUGGAAAUCACAUCCCCACAGUGCCAGAGUCACGUUUCGACCACGACACUGAGGAGAGUGGUGAAGAUAUGGAGGACGAGGAAGAGGAGGAGGAGGAGGAGGCAGGCGAUGCCGACCCUACGCCUCAUUCUCAGACUCAUUCUCGCUCUCCCACUCCUGAAGAGAACUACAUCCCUGACUCCCCGCCCAUCUCACCUGUGGAGUUGAAGAAGGAGCUGCCCAAAUAUCUCCCUGCUCUGCAGGGUUGUCGAAGUGUAGAGGAAUUUCAGUGUCUAAACCGGAUAGAGGAGGGUACCUACGGUGUGGUGUACAGAGCCAAGGACAAAAAGACAGAUGAGAUUGUGGCCUUGAAAAGGCUGAAGAUGGAGAAGGAGAAGGAGGGCUUCCCUAUCACCUCUCUAAGAGAAAUCAAUACAAUUCUGAAAGCUCAGCACCCGAACAUUGUCACAGUCAGGGAAAUUGUUGUUGGAAGCAAUAUGGACAAGAUUUAUAUUGUGAUGAACUAUGUAGAACAUGACCUGAAGAGUUUGAUGGAGACCAUGAAGCAGCCCUUCUUGCCAGGCGAAGUAAAGACUCUGAUGAUUCAGCUGCUGAGAGGUGUCCGCCAUCUCCACGAUAACUGGAUCCUUCACCGCGACCUGAAGACGUCCAAUCUGCUGCUUAGCCACAAGGGAAUCCUCAAGAUUGGCGACUUUGGUUUGGCCCGUGAAUAUGGUUCUCCUCUGAAGCCUUACACGCCUGUAGUGGUGACCCUGUGGUACCGUUCUCCAGAGCUGCUACUGGGAGCCAAGGAGUACUCCACAGCUGUGGACAUGUGGUCAGUGGGCUGCAUAUUUGGCGAGCUCCUCACCCAGAAACCUCUUUUCCCUGGAAAAUCUGAAAUUGACCAAAUUAACAAGAUUUUUAAGGAUUUGGGGUCUCCAAGUGAGAAGAUUUGGCCCGGCUACAGCGAACUCCCUGCUGUGAAGAAGAUGACUUUCACAGAGUAUCCCUACAACAACCUGCGAAAACGCUUUGGAGCGCUGCUCUCAGACCAAGGCUUUGACCUCAUGAACAAGUUCCUCACCUACUGCCCCAGUAAGAGGAUCAUAUCGGACGAGGCGCUAAAGCACGAAUACUUCCGUGAAACGCCGUUGCCCAUCGAUCCAUCCAUGUUCCCCACCUGGCCAGCCAAGAGCGAGCAGCAGAGGGUGAAGAGAGGCACCAGUCCUCGUCCCCCCGAGGGAGGCCUGGGCUACAGUCAGCUGGGCGAUGAUGACCUAAAGGACACCGGCUUCCACCUGACAACCAGCAACCAGGGAGCUUCAGCAGUCGGUCCAGGAUUCAGCCUCAAAUUCUGAGGCGGAACUGGAGCAAACUGAAGGACACAAAACUGGUUAACUGAAAGCAAGAGAGCAAAGAAUCAUGGGAUUUGUCGCUCUCUCAGAACUGGACUUGUUGUAAGACUGUCCCGCGACAUCGCUGGGUAAAAUUACAACUGCUACCAAAUGGUCAAGACUGUCACACAAGGUUUGGUGGCUUGACGGUGUUUGAAUUGACAGAUUUUUCAUUUUGUUUUACGCCCUGUGUUACAUGGCUGUUUCUCAACUGUACCGGUAUUAUUUUGAAGCCAUUUCACAAGUGCAGAAAUUUUAGCUCUUAAAUGAGAAGAGCAACCGUAGGUCCUCCUGUCUGUUUGUAGUUUUGUUCUCAUGGUUUUUUUUUUUUGUGUUAAAUUUUCCUUUUUCUACUACAUGAGAGAGGACCAGAUUUUAUAAAUGGUUGGUAUUUCCUGACUGCUGGGGCUACUGUAUAAUGAUGUAGCAUUGGCUGCGUUUUCCAUCCAGCAUAAUGUAUGAAUAUUUACUUAAGCGCUGUCAGCUUACCUGCUGACAGGGGACAAAGUUUUUGCUAGAAAUAAAGUUUGAAACUUUAUUUUGUCUGCCAUUUUCACCGUAUUUAUAAACUCUGUCCAAGCUAUGCAAACACAGCCACACACUGCCAGAGGAAAAAAAAUGAAGGGAAGUCAAGCCUUAAAAAAAAAAAAAAAAAAAAUCCGGCC